AUGCGGGUGGCAAAGGAACUGCCGGCCGGUUCUUGCGUCAACCUCGGCAUCGGGAUACCAACGCUGGUCUCCAUGUUCGUGGAUGACGACAGCGUGGUUUUCUACCACAGCGAAAGCGGCGUGCUGAACUGCGGCCCGCUGGCCGAGGAAGGAAGCGAAGACAUCGACCUGAUCAACGCCGGCGGCCAGUUCCUCCAGCCUGUCCCCGGCAUGGCCUAUUUCUCCUCCGUUGACGCUUUCGCGAUGAUCCGCGGCGGGCACGUGGAUGUUACAGUCCUCGGCGCGCACCAAGUUUCGGCCACUGGCGACCUGGCCAACUGGAUGCUCCCCGAACGCGGCGUCGGCAAUAUCGGCGGGGCGAUGGAUCUGGCCGCCGGGGCCGAUACGGUCAUCGUCGCCAUGGAGCACAACGACCGCAGCGGCAACCCCAAGGUGGUCCAAGAGUGCGACUUUCCCAUCACCGGCCGGGGCUGCGUGUCACUGGUAGUGACCGACGUCGCCGUUUUGGAGCCUACAGCCCAGGGAAUGGUGCUGAGGGAAGUCGCCCCCGGCUGGACCCCGGAAGACGUGCAGGAAGUCACGGGCGCGCGCCUGAUCAUCCCUGAAUUAGUAGUCGAGUACGAAGUGUAG